AUGCUUAGCACAUUAUCUCCUCUUCUCAAAUGCUGUCAAAGUAUAUCAUCUCGUGCAACACCAGCUGUUCACGGAAGUGACGAAUUUCAUGUACCACCCAGAGAAGAUUCUGUUGCAGCCGCUCUCCUUCUUGUUAAUCUAGUCACAUCGCAGCUUCGACCGCCAAGUCUGGCACUUGCCUCUCCAGCUCCUGUGACCGGGGCGACUUUCUUAAACCAUUCGGCAACAGGACUUUCGGAUCAGAUGGUAGGCUUAAACUAG